AUGGGUCUAGCAUACAACGUCUACCUAAACUCAGCCAAAAUCUUCGGCUGCAAGAACUGCAAAACACAUCUUGCCGACUUCGACGACAUCAUUUCACGUAACUUCCGUGGCCAGCAUGGCAAAGCCUUCCUCUUCUCCACGGUAGUGAACAUCAAACAGGGUGAAGCGAUGGAACGAAAUAUGACCACCGGCCGGCACAUCGUGAGAGAUAUCAAGUGCAAACAGUGUGAAGAGACAGUUGGCUGGAAAUAUGACAAGGCUUACGAGAGUUCGGAGAAAUAUAAAGAAGGGAAAUUUAUACUGGAGAGCGAGCUGCUUUGUGUGGUGAAUUGA